CCAUACCAUGCAUCCAUAGGCGUUGUUAAUGGGGAUUUGGGAGCUGAAGCUCUUUACCCUUUGAUCUCUAGAAUUAGUGGAGCGGGCUGGGGGACGUUUGUGUGUUUAUUCAUGUUUAAUUUUACAUCAAGUAUCUGCUUCUCAAAGCAGCCAUCAAUUAUAAAACAAAGAUUAGUGGUAUAGUGCCCCCCAGGUGACUGUAAGGUAGCGUGAUGGGAAUGCAUUGAGUAUCUGCAAGGUCAAUAUUUGGUAUGUCUAUACGUUUGGGCUAAGGAAUAAUAUAGCCAUUACAGCCAUCCAAGAGUAGUGGGAGUUUUAGUGCAGGACUAAUUUCUGGGGGGGUAGGUUUAGCUGAAAGAAAAACAAACAAUAAUUGAGAGGUAGACCUCACCAAAGCCCAGUCCAUUCACUAAACCCAUGACAUGUGGAGGAACUUUGAAAUCUUCUACCAAUGAAUGUGCUUAGUGGGCUCAUCCUUCCAGCUGGGACCACAGACAUUAUCUUGUAGACUCUCUUUGAAGCGGACAUUGUGUAGAAGUUUCCUAAAUUCACUUGGAGGCUUUUUGUCUGCCCAUGCAAUGCUUCCACGCUGUCAGAUAAACAUUGAGGACUCAUAAGGGGCUAAAAUGUUUUCAUAAGCUGAAGCUUGUUAUUAUUCCGGUUAAUUCCUUGGGAGGGAAGACAUUAAGCUGUCCGUGGGACGCUUAGAACAUGACCCCGGACAAUUCAUCCUUCAAAUAAUAGAUUAAAACAAGUUUGAAAUGCAAAUCCUUCCACAGGCAGCAAAGUUCUGUGUGUGUUCUAUGGAUUCUUUUAUUUGGGAAAGAUCCAACAUUGGAAAUGGAAGCUCCCAGCUUUACCAUUUUAAUUCUCAGAACCAUUAUUUACAAUCUGUGGGACAUAUUUUCCAAGCGACCCAAUCUUGUUAGCUCUAUAUGUUGUGUUACGUUUGGACAUCAUAGAUUAAAAUAAAAACGUUUCAGACGUGAAUAUUGGAACUGCAGAUAUAAUCAUGGCAGACCCACAAUUAUCAGUAGUCCUAAUAAUGCCCAAAUGUAUUUUAUUUGCCACGAAAACUGGGGCAGCCUCCACUGGAAGUGAUCAAUCAGAGUAUUAGUGAAAUGGUCUUGUUUACUACUUGUCAAAUUAACAAUAUUACCAGACUUCAUUACAUGAUGUAAAAUACCACAAAAUGUGACAAACGGAGAGUGGAUCCCAUAACCACAAACAAACCUUCAAAAGAAACCCAUAUAGUAAAAUCCCACAUGGAGUGUUUACAUUCUCCUCCCCUAUAGCGUUAUCUCUAUAUAGCUACAUGUUAUGAUGUGCUGUGAUGAAAUGAGAUUAUUCAAUGUCAGGUUAAUAACUGUCCCGUUUUCAGGACUUGUCGCUGGAGUCGCUGGAAGGAAACUCUGGGAAGUACCCGAUCCAAUGGAGCAAAUUCCCAGCUCUGCCGGACUGAAAGGGGAGGACCAGUGUCUUUACCAACUGCACCACCUACAGGACGGGGCACGUAUUACUGCUCUGCUACCUCCCAGUAUCGAAGGCAACUGGAUCUCCACAGGGUGUGAAGUCCGCCCUGGACCUGAAUUCCUCACAAGAUCCUACACGUUCUAUCCAAAUCGUUUAUUCAAAGCCCUGCAAUUCUACUAUGGAGACCAUGACUGCAGGAAGCCCUCCUACUCCUUAGUGAUCAAAGGAAAGGUACGGCUGCGCCAAGCCUCCUGGAUAACAAGGGGUGCUACGGAGGCAGAUUACAGCCUGCACAAAGUCGGGGUGAUCUUCUACAGCCAGGAAGCAAUGAGCCACAUUGCAGCUCAGAUGAACCGGACAUGUGCUGGGUUUGUGUCUUCCGGACGGCCUUGGGCACCUGGUAGAGUGUACGAACUUCUCAGUGCCAAGGCAGACAGGGAUUGUACGGCCGCCAUUGGAUUUACCAUGCAUGAACUAAGCCUGGUCCGAGCGGAAAAGCAAUACAAUGCCCCCCAUGUGGGGGCUUUGGUGGAGAAGCUCUUCCUCGGAGACAUUCAUACUGAGAAGUCGGAGAGAGUCCAUUACCGGCCAACCGGAUACCAGACGCCCCUGCAAAGUGCAAUGUAUCACAUCCAGCCGUGCCAGGUCUGCCUUCCGAUUCUGCGCUCCGAUGAACAUCACCCACCUGUAUUACCUCACGUUCCACACGCCCAGGUGCAGCUCAGCGGGAAAUGGGUGAGCAGCCAAUGUGAGGUACGCCCCGCCGUCCUCUUCCUCACGCGCUCCUUAACCUUCCACGGGGAGAACCACACGUGGGAAGGAUUUUAUUACCAUUACGCUGACCCACUCUGCAAGCAGCCCACAUUCACCCUGUAUGCCUCAGGACACUAUACUAAAGGAGUCCACUCAGAGCAUGUCAGGGGGGGCACAGAACUGAUUUUUAAGGUAAGCCACGCUAGGGUCCGACCACUGAACCAGGCCAUCCUGUGGAUGCUGAACAAUGCUCAUCAUGGCAGCUGUGGCAUGUCUGGCAAAUGGCGCAUAGGGGAAGAACAGGAUAUCACAGACACAGGCGGUUGCAACGCAUUAGGAAUUCGGCUACCACACAUAGAAUAUGAACUUUUUAAAACGGAACAGGACAGCAGUGGGCGAUCUCUUGUGUACAUGGGUGAGAGGCCUACGGAUGGGAGCAGCCCAGAUACACCAGACAAAAGGCCAACAUCCUACCAACCUCCUCUACUCAAGUGUGCUGAGCAGCACUUACCUAGCCACCGCCACGGCAUGGCCAUCCCGCUGAGCCUAUCACCCUUAUUGCAGCCCUGCCUGACCCUAAUCAUUGGGCUCUAUGUUUGUCAGGCAGCAAUCACCUAGGGUACACCUUCCCACUGAGCCUAUCGCCCUCAUUGUAGCCCUGUCUGACCCUAAUCAUUCGGCUCUAUGUGAGUAUGGCAGCAAUCAUCCAGGGUACACCAUCCCACUGAGCCUAUCGCCCUUAUUGUAGCCCUGUCUGACUCUAAUCAUUCGGGCUCUAAAUGUGUCAGGCAGCAAUCACCUAUUGUACAGCUCUUAUUGCAGCCCUGCCUGACCCUAACCAUUGGGUUCUGUGUGUGUCAGGCAGCAAUCACCUAAGGUAGACCAUCCCACUGAGCCUAUCGCGCUUAUUGCAUCUCUGCCUGACUCUAACAAACUUACAAUAUAAAUUAAGGUAUAAAUGGUCCAAACUGGCAUUUUGGUUUUUAAGGUACAAAAUUUCAACCACUACAGGGUCGUGAUUCUCCUACAGUCAAACAAAAUGAUAUAAAUGUAUUAACUUUAAUAAUUGCAUAUCUUGUCAAAUAUAUUGUAAAUAUGUCUAUAUGGGUAAUGUACUUAUAUAAAAAAAAAAUCUAGAAACUAAGUACAGAGCAGGCUCUUUCAUUCAACAAUAUCCUACACAUUCUAGUGGUUUCUGUUUUUAAAAAUGUUCAAUUCCUGAGAUAAACACUGUUUUCGUGAAUGUAGGGCUGCCAAUCCACCACAAGAAAUACUUUCUCCAUGACCGGCAAUAUGUGUCCUGCGACUUUUGCAUCUAUAUUCAGCAUGUGACACAAUGCUGGUCCAAUAGUGGCUGGGUGCAUUAUAUAGACACACACAGACCUGGAAUUGGUCCAAUAGUGGCUGGGUGCAUUAUAUAGACACACACAGACCUGG